AUGGAAAAUCCAGAAUGGUGCAUUGCUUUUCAUAAUGCUGCUGUGUUGCAUCUUCCAAGAAUUGCAAGUGAUCACUCUCCAAUCCUCCUAAACACCUGCAGACAUGUGGCUACUUCUCCACCCGAGUACAAUUUUGAGGCUUUAUGGCUAGCGCACCCUGAAUUCAUGGAUAAAGUUCGAGAAUGUUGGUCAGAAGAUGAGAAUGAAAGUAUUCAGUCUAAGUUAAGGAAGCUGGGGUCUUUUCGUCAAGCAUGGAGUAAAGGAAGAAUUGGUUGCAUCAAAUACAAAAUAACGAUUCUUAAAUCUAAAUUACUGAGAAUCCAAGGAUGGAGACCCACUGCUGCUAACAUUCAAAGAGAGAAACUAGUCAUGGCAGAACUGAAUGAAUAUCUUAUCAUGGAGGCUACAUAUUGGGACCAACGUAUGAAACAACAAUGGGCGAAAAAUGGCGAUCCUAACACAUGA